AAUCAUAACAAACAAAAUGGCCGAGGUCGAAGCAAGCACAUCAGCUGGUUCGCAAAAUGAAGAACAACCUGACAAUUCUGUUGAAAUACAUUCUAUAGAUACGACAGAAAAUGAAUCGGAGGAGCCGAAACAAAAGAGAAUAAAGCUGGAAACCAAAAUAAACGAAGCAGAUGAAAAAUUGGAGGACCGAUUGAACGGAAUCUUGCGUUGCACGGUUUGUUUAGAUCUUCCACGAGUCUCCAUGUAUCAGUGUACAAACGGCCACUUGAUGUGCGCCAUGUGUUUCUCACAUCUCCUGGCCGACGCCCGUCUCAAGGAUGAGGCAUCAACAUGUCCGAACUGUCGCUGUGAGAUCAGCAAGCACCUCUGCUCCAGGAAUCUAGCAGUGGAGAAGGCAGUGUCUGAGCUCCCAACAGAGUGCCAUUUCUGCACCCAACAGCUCCCUAGACAUAUGAUGGACAGGCAUGAAGAGUAUUCGUGUCUUGAAAGAAUCACAAGUUGCUCGUAUGAGCGGAUUGGCUGUCCGUGGAAAGGCCCUUAUCAUGAGUUGAAGGGACAUGAGGAAGUCUGUAUUCAUCCAAAGAAGACUGGUGCAGAAAUCAUGGAUACGCUCAUCGCAUACGACAACAAACGAGCCGAGGAGAUGAAAAUAUACGACAAAAUAUUCAACAUGUUGUCGUAUGAAAAAAUUACGUUUCUAGAUCUCCAGCUCAAACCAUAUCGAACGGAUGAUUUUAUCACGAGACUUUACUACGAGACUAGUCGCUUCACAGCUUUCAACUUUCAGUGGGUCGUAAAGGCAAAGGUCAACGAUGACAUGAAAAACCCUGCACUGGCAUGUCAACGCUACAUCACGUAUCAACUCAUCUUGAAAUCACGUGUGCAGAAUCCUGUGGAUAUCCAUUUCCUCAUGGUGCAAGGACCAUACGGAGAGAUGAAAAUUUGCCCUGCAGUUAAUCAGCAUCAGUUCACAAAUGAAAAUAAUGAAUCUCAAUAUCAGGUUCUGCCAUUAAACAGCCCAAAUGAGUGUAACAAGUUACUUGCGGCAAAGACAAUUGGAGUUCGACUGAUUGUUCUUCAAGUGACGAGUUAGGCCUUGUUUUCUAGUCCUAGUCUUCAUUUUUCAUUAAAACGCUUGAAUAUCAUAAUAUUUACUGUCUGUCACUAUUCAUUGCCAUUCUUCUGAUUAGCAGUCGGUUAAGAAUGCUCACUGUCUGUGAAUGUCUUUGCUUCGUACUUCAAACCCAAAAUAGCACUGUCAAGAAAAUAAUUCUUGAUAUUGUUUUAUAGAAAAUCAUAGUUCUUGCAUGAUGAAAAAUGAUUGAUUAAAGAAAGUAAUCGGUAAUUCUCUCGUUUUUAAAUGGUAUCAUUUGGUAUGAACCAUUUUGUUAUGACAGACCGGUAUUCAGGCCAAGUGCAUCACACGGCUUGCUGCGCAGCCCAAAAUUCAUGUCUCAUGAAUUGGUGCAGGCAUUAGUGCAUGACACAAUGCAUAACGUUGUAGAUUACCGUAGUGAGCGUUAUAAUGCAUUGGACUGGCCCAUAGACAAAUUGUUAAGAAAUGUUGUAACUGCUAUCGAUGCCUUUUAUCAGGUUUUGAUUUGGGUUGUUCAUUUGUUUGUCUAUCACAUAAUAUACAUUACAUCAGUUAGUAUUACUUGUGUACAUAAUAGAGGGCAUGGCAAUUUUGACAAAUCUGCAGAAAAUGGAGGGGAAAUAGCCUAAAAAAAGUACGCUAAUAUCGCUAUAAAAGUAUUAUAUUUAAUAGUAUUGAUAUUCUUAUACUGUUUUUAGGCUGUUUCUGCCCAGAUUCUACAUAUUCGGCAAUUUCCGCAGAUUUCGCUAAGUCACCUUGCCCAUAAUAGAACUUAUGGAGUCAUUUUUAUAACAUUGUUGUUUGAUUGUUGGAGGCACACUACUAAAUUUUUCAUCCCUACACCUGAAUCGACAUGUUGAGAAAAUUAGAUGAAAUAUUUGAUAGAGUCCUGUGGCGAUUUGUCAUGUUUAAGCCAAUUUAAACUAGUUUCUGACAUGAUUGCAUUGCGCGAUGAUAUGAUAAUCCACCAAGCCCAUUAUAAAGCUUCAUCACGGAUGAGGAUGGGGGGAUAUCGGGUCUAGCAUUGCAUUUGUUGGGAACUUUUUAAGAGAGCGUUUUUGCUGAGUUCUUUUAUACUUUGUGUUGUUAGUGGGACUAGUCAUCCGAAAUGUUCUAGCAAUCCGUCUGGCUAAAUGGUCUACUUUUUCGAAGGAUUUGUCUUUGAAUCAAAAGAUAUGUUCGUGGACGAUCGCUUAACCAGGAAUGAAGCUACUGGUCGGAAAAAACACCAAAGUCUUUAUUCUUAAAGUUCGCUUGAAGUUGGUCAGCAAAACCAAAAACUCAUUUUAAAGUCCUUUCUUGCCUUCUUUGUCUGCAACAUCAAACGAAUUAAGAUGAUUUUGAUCUAGUAUAGAAAUCGAGGUUCUAAAAGAAUGGAAUUUUAUUAUUAUUUGGCUUACUGUCGAGGAAAUUUCACAUGCUCAACACAAUACCCUUUAUUUUCGCACUCUUUGGCCAGUAUCAAAAAGGGGACAAUCGAAUGAAGCUUCCAGAAUGACCCAUCAGUCAUUAAUACUCUGCACAUUGACUGGCAUUUUAGAGGCAUUUUUGUGCGAGUGGUGUUCAAAGGAUAAAAUUCACAAAGAGGAACAAACGUCCGAUUCUUUGCCCAGCUCAUUCAGGCAUCCCUUCAUAAAUGGGUGGUGAAAAACAGAUGAUUUCAGUAUAGGUUUGUUUUACAGCAUACAUGUAUUGUAUAUGUCGAUUAAGUUUUAAGAAGGUGUGAUCACAUUAUUUUAUUGGCAUUUGUAUAUUUUGUGUGGAUUUUACACCAUACCUUAUCAGGGCAUAUUGUAGAGGACCAAGUGUAUUUAGUUCUGUGCAUUUCUAUCUUUUUCUAUCAUAUUUGCGACCAACUUAACGCUAGUGUAGAUGGUGUCUGUUCUUCAAGCACUUGUAGUUGCAGCAGUCAUUGCCGUAACAGGCGCAGCAUCAAUUUAUUACUGAUGACCGUCGCGGCAUACACGGGCAAGUUAAUUGUGGGCAGCAGAGGGGCAACGUAAAAUUUCCUUUAUCGAAGUACAUGUAUUCUCUUCGUGACAUCAGCAAUACUAAUUCUUGUUGCUCAACUGUUGCCUUUGAUAUCGUUGCUCAUACAUGUAUGUGGCGUAUGUGCAGAGGCUCUUCAUGUACAUCAUCAUGGUCAUGUAAGAAGAUGCUAUAGUUGAACCACAUAGGCCUUGCGGUGUAUUACUGGUUUAGGUUAAUAUCAGCUUGAUUGUAUCUCUCUUUAGUUUUGUUGACAAUAAGGGCCAAGUACUUUGAAAUACGACUGUUUUUGUAAAACAGCACUGUAUUGGAUUAGAGAAGAUAUUGUGUGUGCUUUACUGGUUUUACAGUAAAAGUUGUGACACACAAGAGAAGAUAUUGAAGUACUUGGCCUGCAUGAUCUUAAAUUUAUAAUUCAGUGUGAUGUUCAAUUCUAGUAAUGGGGUUAAAGUUUUAACCCUUUAAAACAUUUAGUUAAUCGUUGCCCUUCAUUUAGUGAUGUAGUAUUUUGUUUGACGAGUUGUGUUCUGGGGGGGGGGGGUGUUCUGCCUCAUUUAGUUUAGUGGUGUGAAGAAAUACGUCUUACGGGACCCCAUUCAUGAUCUCCAUGUCAAUCCUUGAUAUCAUCAUCUGCAGUAAGGGAGAAGAUUUUCACAAGGCCCUAACAUUGAUUCAUGAAUGGGCCCGAUUACUAGAAAACAUCCAGGAUUGAAUAAAUCGAUGUUAUUCUGCUCUAUAUAUAGACACUGAUUGAUUAUUAAUAAAGUUUUGACCAAUACAAACAAUAAGCUA